AUGUUUUUCAGACUCCCAAGACUAACUCCUGGAUACCUACGGUAUCUACAGACCCAGGCUAUGGCGAGUGAGACCCAGAGAGCUGGGGACCUGCCCCGUCUGGCCAUGCUCCUGGGGGCCUUGGGGAUCGGGGUGUGUGGCUACAGCUCCAGGCAGCUGGCACUGCACCACCGGCUCUCUGCCCGCGUGCUGACCUGGAUGGACGUUGGGAGCACCCCGGUGAAGGGGAGAGCACCUUCCUUCAUGGACCUGUCUCAAAGCCACAGCAUCUGUCAGGACAUCCCACCUCCAGCAUUCGCUGGGCAGAAAGUGCCUUAA